AUGUCGGCCCAGCCUCAAGCAUCUGGAAAGAAGCAGCAGGAUCUGCAAACACAAUAUUCCAACUUUAAGAGCGUACUGCAGCAAAUAGCCCAGAAAAUCGGAGACAUUGAGCAAGAAGCUGAGGAGCACAAACUUGUCCUUGAGACUUUAGAGCCGCUACCGGAAGAUCGCAAAUGCUUCCGCCUGAUCAACGGUGUCCUCGUGGAGCGAACGGUCAAGGAUCUUGUCCCUGCGCUCAAGACGAACCAGGAUGGCCUCAAAAAGGUGCUCGAUGACUUGGUAAAGAGCUACAAGACGAAGCAAGAUGAGCUCGAUUCGUGGAAGAAGAAGAACAAUGUUCAAGUUGUGCAGCAAUAG